GUCUUGAUAUAGAUUCAGUAUGCAACUCCCCUCCUUCAUUCAAGCAUGUUGAGCAAAAUUGUGGUUGUAGCCUGUGUGCUAUCACUUGUACAGUGUGACAGGAACCUGCCAGUUCUAUUUCAAUUCAGCCAGCCCAGCCACAAUGUGGCAGUUUUCAGGGGGGCUGAUGUAGAGAGAGCUAAGGCAGCAGGAAUCAUUGGUGGAGGUAGUUCAUCCUACUCUUCUCCAACUCCUGCUCCAUAUACUACAACCACACCUCCUCCUCCUCCUCCUACUCCAGCAGCCACCUAUGCUCCAGUAACCCCUGCUCCAGUAGCUUACAAGCCUGCUCCUCCUCCAGUUGCCUACAGACCAGCUCCAGUUGUAUACAGACCUGCUCCAGCUCCUGUUGUUUAUAGACCUGCACCUGCUCCUGUAGUCUAUAAAUCAGCUCCUGCUCCCGUAGUUUACCAAGCUGCUCCUGCUUCCGUUGUUUAUCAAUCCGCUCCUGCUCCUGUUGCAUACAAAUCCGCCCCUGCUCGUGCAUAUGCUGAACCUGCAUAUAAUGAUGCUGACGCAGUUUACAACUGGGAGUAUGCAGUUCUAGAUGAUCCAUCCUACAACAACUUUGGACACAAGGAGAGCAGAAAUGGACUCAACACUGAGGGUAAAUACUAUGUUGCUCUUCCUGAUGGUCGUCUCCAGACUGUUACCUAUACCGUGAAUGGAUAUGAUGGAUAUGUCCCAGUGGUGGAAUAUUCUGGAGCUGCUCAGUAUCCAGCUGCUUCUAAAUACUCUGCAUAAACAGAAUCAUAAUAUGUCAUGUAAUAAUUUAUAAUAUUUAUGCAAUAAAACUUUCAAACUUUA